AUGCAGCCGUUCCGCGCACCGAGCACGAGUGCGGCAGCAGCUCGACGCGAUGCAUCUGGGCGCAGAGGUGGGAUAGGAGGAGAGAAGCGCAUGCCCUCAUCCUCACUCAUGCCGGGUGUGGGUCGUCGCAUUGUAUCACAAGGUCUUGCCCGUACGCAGCAGCGCACAGGUGAACUGGAAGGGGCACCCUCUGCGGCUCUCCAGGUCGACAAUACGAGUUUUGAGGAGUGGAUGAAAAUGGCCACGGACAACAAAAUCAAUGCUACUAAUACUUGGUCCUUUGCUUUGAUUGACUACUUUCACGACAUGUCCCUUCUUCGGUCCGAUUCGGGGGAUGGCUCCAUCAACUUCCAAAAGGCAUCCUGUACAUUGGAUGGGUGUGUCAAGGUGUGGACGAGUCGUGUGGAUAGUGUGAUGGCUGAGACUGGCCGUCUGCUCAGUGGUCUGCAGGAUGAAGAUGCAUCAUCGGCACAGGCAGACACAUCUCAGGACAUGGGCGAUCAUUCUCGCGUAGAUGAAGUGGAAGAGGGAGAUGAACGUCCCAGAGCCAAGAGGAGGCAACGCGCACAAGAAGUCACGCUAGCCAAAAGCUUCUCUCAGCUCCAGGUGAAGCGCUUUGAUCUCGAAUUUUCCGUGGACCCCUUGUUUAAGAAGACAAGUGCCGACUUUGACGAGGAUGGCGCGGGAGGUCUACUCAUGAAUCAUCUACAUGUGGAUGAUCAGAUGAAGGUCGUGUUUGAUGCAUCAGAUGUGGCUGCUACGAUGGAGGAGGAUGUGGACGCGCAUGACUCCAGCGAUCACGCAACUACCGAGGAGCUGGCUUCAUGGGACCUUGAAAAGCUUCGUGCGCGGCUGUAUGCAGCUGCGGCGCAGUUAGAUCCUUCCGUACUUUCGAUUCAGUCGGAGCCGCUCAGCGCACUACUCGAGAAUCGUAUGAUAUGUCCCUCGACGUCCACGUUUACUUUCGCUGACGACAAUGAAGCUGCGCUUCCCUCUAUGCAAUUGGACCUGGAAGAAGAGGCGAUGGAUAUCCAAGAUGUAGAUCAGGAUGGCCUUGACUUUUUCGAUGGACAGGUCGGCGAAAUCGACGAAGACGACGAAGAGGAGCGUGGGGCCUUUGAUGUGGCUCUCACUCACGAUACCAAGACCACUACCAGUGAUCACGACCGACUGUUUGACUACUUUGACAAUACCAAGAACUGGGCAGGCCCAGAGCACUGGAAAAUGACGCGCUUGCACAUGUCUUUAGCGACGCCUGUGCCUGAAAAACCCGCGGAAGCUGCACCAGACAAGGCAGUCAAAGCUCGGCGUACAAAGGAAUCUCAGGUCAUUGACUUUUUGAGUGCGGACCCACCGCCUUCUGCCAAGGAGCUUUUUGCGCCCGGCACAGCACCCAGUGCCAUUUCGCUCAGCAAAACAGCGCAAACAGCCACGGACCGGCAUUUACUGCCCGAGGAUCAUCAUUUCAACUCCAAACGGCUCUUGCGCCUUUUCCUUAAACCCAAAGCACAGAUCCUCUUACAACGCAAGCGACAGCCUGCAAAUACACCAGGCGCCCUUGGCGGAGCAUGGGAUGACGAUGAUCUUGCAUGGGGUGCUGACAAUGCGCCAUCAGCUGAUGAUGGUGCUGUUUUCGAUACAGGCCUAUUUGAAGAGCAUGAUCCGUACGAGGAUGUGCUUGCAGCUCCUUCCCUCGAAGCAGAGACAGGAAUGGCAGAUGCAUUUGAUGUUGACAGCGACAUUGACGAGGAAGCAUGGGGUGCAGAGGCACUUCGUCGUGUGCGACCCGAGUUCGUGGAUCAUGCGAGGCGUGCCAAGCAAGUCGACGUCAAGAAACUCAAGGACAAUAUAUGGCAAUCACUUUCGCUGGACGGACAUGAACCCAAGUCCUUUUCACAGGCACUUGAGGAACUCCAGUCGAUGUACGCGCCGUCCAAAUUCAGCGAAAUUAGCACGUCCUUCUGUUUUAUCUGUCUCUUGCAUCUCGCGAAUGAGGAGGGUCUCGAAAUCCAAGUGCCUACUGGUGAGGAGCCCGCUUCCGCUGGUGCUAUUCUGUCCGCUACGCGGACGGGUCAAAUGGAGCACGACGACGACGACGGGCAUGUAGGCCACUUGGAGCGCCUGCGCAUCCGUCGCGACCCUGCUGUGCCCAUCGUAGCCUGA